AUGGCUAUGCUGUCUCCAACUCCCCCCAGCCCUCUUAUCCACCCACUACCCCCUCUCUGUCUCCACGUGCCCUCUCUGCCUCCACGUGCCCUCUCUGCCUCCACAUGCCCUCUCUGCCUCCACGUGCCCUCUCUGCCUCCACGUGCCCUCUCUGCCUCCACGUGCCCUCUCUGUCUCCGCGUGCCCUCUCUGCCUCCACGUGCCCUCUCUGCCUCACGUGCCCUCUCUGUCUCCACGUGCCCUCUCUGUCUCCACGUGCCCUCUCUGCCUCCACAUGCCCUCUCUGUCUCCACGUGCCCUUUCUGCCUCCCACGUGCCCUCUCUGUCUCUCUGUGCCCACCCCUUGCUGCCAGACUUGGUGAGCUUCCAGACGAGCUGAACCGGCUGCUGAUCAUCGUGGCCGUUCUCUCCAUGGCUCUCACUCCCCUCCACGACUCCCUGGGGCGAUCAGCAGUCUCUCACUUGCCCACUACCCCCUCUCUGCCUUACCCCUUCAACCCAAGCAGACUUGGUGUGCUUCCAGACGAGCUGAACUGGCUGCUGAUCAUUGUGGUGGUGCUGUCCCCUCCAUGGCUCUCACUCCCCUCCAUGGCUCUCACUCCCCUCCAUGGCUCUCACUCCCCUCCAUGGCUCUCACUCCCCUCCAUGGCUCUCACUCCCCUCCAUGGCUCUCACUCCCCUCUAUGGCUCUCACUCCCCUCCAUGGCUCUCACUCCCCUCCAUGGCUCUCACUCCCCUCUAUGGCUCUCACUCCCCUCCAUGGCUCUCACUCCCCUCCAUGGUUCUCACUCCCCUCCAUGGCUCUCACUCCCCUCCAUGGCUCUCACUCCCCUCCAUGGCUCUCACUCCCCUCCAUGGCUCUCACUCCCCUCCAUGGCUCUCACUCCCCUCCAUGGCUCUCACUCCCCUCCAUGGCUCUCACUCCCCUCCAUGGCUCUCACUCCCCUCCAUGGCUCUCACUCCCCUCCAUGGCUCUCACUCCCCUCCAUGGCUCUCACUCCCCUCCAUGGCUCUCACUCCCCUCCUCGACUCCCUGGGGCGAUCAGCAGCCCUCUCACCCAGCCACUCCUCCCCGCUUGCUUUCCGUCUUACCCCUUCAACCAGGCUGGGAGUCCUUCCAGACGAGCUGAACCGUCUGCUGAUCAUUGUGGUGGUGCUGUCAAUGGCUCUCACGCCCCUCCUCGACUCCCUGGGGCGAUCAGCAGCAGAGGCGCUGGAGAAGCGCGAGAGGGAGAAGCGGAAGGCGCCAGGGGAGGAGGAGGAGGACGGGGAGGAGGGGUUGGAUGUGGUGGGAGGCGGUAA